AUGCCCUCCAAUGAUUUUGAUUUAAGAGCUGAAGAGGGGGAAGGACAUAAGGAUGAUGAKGARGARGAGGARGARGARGAGGAGGAGAACAACAAAGCAGAGGAGAAAGAGAAAUCUGAGGACAUGGAGGGACAAUCAUUACAGGGUCAGAGCCAGUCCACAGCAGAACCCCUCCAGGGACCAGAGGGUGUGAAAGAAGAAACUCUCCCAGAUGGUGUGCAGAAAGUUGCAGAGGACUCAGGUCAGCCCAGUCCUUUGGCUCCGACAGAGGAGAGCUSUGCAUCCAGCACUCAGCUGCAGAAUCGAACAACAGAAGAGAAACCCAAGAAGCAACCAAGGACCAACAGAAAGCUGUUGCUGUUCAAACGCCUGUCCUCCUCCCAAGCCAAGCAGACAGAGGACAGUGCGGAAGCCCCAGCAGAGGUAACCGCAUGGGGGAGCUGCCUGCCAGUGCCAAGAGUCCUCUGCAGGGCUGGAGAACAGAGAUCCAUCAGAGACCAGCGCUAUGGUGCCCAGCCCCCUCUGAGAGCACCCUCGGACCCUGGUGGUAGAGGUGCCCGCUCUACCACCUGCACCCAUACACUUCAACGUCACUCACUGGGUGUUGGAGAACUGGACUGGCAGCGCCAACAACCAAUAAACCCUUGAAGAGGAUGCACAUUGACUGUACACAACAAACAACCACUCCACUUUGAACACUAGCGAACUUCUCACWAAGUGACCUAUUUAUUGACAUUCAGUUCCCAAACUUCCCAUAUGCGAAAGUGUAUUAUAAAUGUGUAUACUUGUAUUUAACGUGCACAAAAAUGUCUUUAAUUAACCACAGUGUGUUUUGAUCGUGUUUUUAUAAUGUAGUCGUGUGUUAUAAACUGUGAGGAUACUAUUUAUUGCUGACUGAAAUAUCCCAAAUGCACAAUUGCACUUUAAAUGUAACCUUAUUGUGUGUUUUUCAGGGAAAUAUGACAUUUGUGUGUUUUCUGAUAUUUUAUUUUCAUCGUCUCAUAAACCGUUUGAACUUGG